AUCAGCGGCGGCGAGAAACGCAGGCUCGUCAUCGCCAUGGAGUGCGUCCACAGGCCCAAGCUCCUGCUGCUGGACGAGCCGACUUCGGGUUUAGACGCCACCACCGCGCUGCUCGUGUGCAACAAACUCCGAGACAUCGCAAACGGAGAGCAGGGCCAUUCGCAUCGCGCCGCGGUGGUCACGUCCAUCCACCAGCCCAGGUCGUCCAUCAUGCCGCUGUUCGAUCAGUGCGUGCUGCUCGCGGACGGCAGGGAGGUGUACGCGGGUCCGACGUACGAGGCAAAGCCGGACGGGUCGCUGACCACCGGCGGCGUCAUGGGCUGGCUCGAAGACGUGGGCUACCGCUGUCCCAUGUUCGAGUCGCCGCCCGACUUUCUCCUGGACCUCAUCAACACCCGCGUCGACGAGCCGGACGCGAACACGGUCCCUACAGGCGACGGCGUGACGAUCGACGUGGUCGAGGGCGGGGGUCCGGCCAUUCGCGAUAGGAGCGCGAUGGUGCGCGAGCUGACGGAGUGGUGGGCGACGUGCGAACGGCGGCGCGCUUUCCUCGCCGACGGGGACGCCAUCGCGGAGAUGGAUGACGCCGGACGCCAUCGCGACGAUGGCAAAGGUAACGCGAGACACUGGGCGGUGACCUGGAUGGCCCGGUACGACGCUCUGUUCGGUCGCUCUUUUCUGUUCAAGCUCCGCGAGCCGUCCGGAGUGAUGUCGCAGGCGGUUAACUCGGUCAUCAUGCCCCUGAUCAUCGGCUCGCUGUACUACAACACCCCCUUGACGGUGAGCGGCGCGGCGGACAGGCUUCGCGCGAUAUCCCUGAUCGUUCUCAUCCAGUCCUUCAGUGCCUUCGAUCAGCUCUUGCUGUUCCCGAAGGAGCGCAGCCUCUACCUGCACGAGAGCAACGGAGGGAUGUAUCCGACUUCGGCGUAUUACGUGUCGAGGUCCCUGGUCGAGUUGACGACCAUCGUUCUCUUCGCGCUCACGAGCGCUUGUAUCUCGUACGAAAUGUUCGGGCUAAACGACGGCAGCGGAGCGGCGAGGGUGGAAUACUACUUGAUGAUCGUGGCCGUCACCGUCGCCGGCGCGUCCUUCCUCACCAUGAUCGGGACGAUGUGCAAAACCUUCGAGCAGACCAACGCGGUGGCGGCCACCAUGCUGAUUGUGCUCAUGCUCUUUGACGGCAACUGGAUCAACCGGCGGAACAUACCGGUAUACUACAGAUGGCUGCCGGAGGUGUCGUUCAUGGGCUACGCAGUGGAAGGCGCGGUCGCGAGCGACUUUAAGCGUCACACGUUCGCGUGCACCGAGCGAGCGGUUGCCGAAGAAGGGUGCGUGCCCCUCACGGGCAACCAGUACCUCCGGAUGCUGGACUUUGACCCGGACUCGACCUGGCCGAUGUUUUGGCUGCUCGUCCUCGUGACUGCGUGCUAUCGGGUGACUGCGUUCUUCGCGCUGCACUUCUUUUGGACUGGACAGACGUACGCAGAGCGUUGGGCCAAGCUGGUUCAUUCCAACGCGUGACGAGCGCCGCGAGGAACUAUUAACGUUUGCCAGUUGACCUGAAUAAAUAUCAUCUCUCUACCGCG